CGCGGUUUUUUGCUCCUUCGACUGACCCCAUCUCUCCUCUCUCCUCUAUUUCUCUGCAUCGUCGAGGAAGUCUGGUGGUGGUGGUAUUUCUUUUCUUUUUUUGCUUAUUGGAUACCUCUGGAAUUCCCCUCAGGUAAAACCGCCAUGGAUGAUAUCGAGGAACGGCUACGAAGCCAUGCUCAAGCCUUUGAUGGCUUGUUGUCGUUGAUUCCGGCGAAAUAUUAUUAUGGCGAAGAUGGAAGUGAUCAAUGGAAACGGAAAAAGCAGACGAAAGAACAGGCUCGUGAAGCCAAACGAGCAAAGUUGGAUCCUGACUCCGCUAAAACCGCAAAGGACGUAAUGGAUGAGAAUGCGCGGAAACGCAAGCGGGAAGAAGAGAAGAAUGAGAAUGAUGAUGAUGAUGAUGAUCAUGCUAGGUCGUCUGAUGGUGAUGGUGAUGGCGAUCUGGGCUCCGAACUUCCCCGGGAGGGCAUGAAAAGAGGCGAUACCGCAUCUAAGAAGCAGAAGCAAGCAGAGUCCACUACGAAUCAGGAUGAAGCUACUACUAAAAAGUCGGAGGAGGCCGAGGCCCGUAAAAAGCUGAGAGAGGAGAAGAAGGCACAGAAGAAAUUGAGCCAGCAGGAGAAGAAAAAGGCCAAGGAUACCGCUAGGAAGGCAAAGCAAGAAGAGCAACGAGUGAAAGAUACCAAGAACACUACUGCCGCUGAUGAAGCUAUGUCGAGUGCCGAGUCCAAGCCUGCUAAGAGCAAGGCCAAUGAAAAACUUUCGAAGAAGGAAAAGGCCGAAGAAGAGAGUCGUGAAGAAGUCGAUGGCGAAGAAGACGAGGCUGUUGCUGAGGGUCUUGCUCUUGAUUUCAACGCAGAAGACGACAACGAAAACGACAACGAAGAUGAUGACGCUUCGUCGGCUCCCCACUCCCCAGGUUUUGACGCCUCGAAUCCCCAAUCCGGUAGCUCUUCCAUAUCAUCCAUUGUCCCUCCCUCCGCCCCCAGCGACGCCACCAUGAACGCAACCUCCGAACUAAAACCCCUCAAACCCACCCCCGAAGAGCUGAGGCAACGGCUACAAAAGCGCCUGGAUGAGCUGCGGGCAGCCCGCCACGCUGACGGACUCAAUGGCAAGCCAGCCAGAAACCGACAAGAGCUGAUCGAAGCGCGGCGACAAAAAGCCGAGCAGCGCAAAGCACACAAGAAACUCCUCCGGCAAAAGGCCAGGGAGGAGGAACAGCGCGAGAAGGACGAAGCCAUGGCUCGACGGUUCUCCCCCGGUGGCUCCGGCUCUCUGCUCGCGUCCCCCCGCUCCCCCGCUGAUUCCGUCGGCUCCUCUGCAACCAACUACGCCUUUGGCCGGGUAGUCUUUGCCGAUGGCCAGGUCGCUGACCCUACCUUGUCAAAUGUGCGAGACCAGCAUGAAUCCCGCGGCCCACGCGAUGCGGCAUCCACAUUGAAGUCCGUGGAAGCCAAGAAAGCCCGGCUUGCAGGCAUGAACGAUGAGCAGCGCGCCGACAUCGAAGAAAAAGACAUGUGGCUUAACGCGAAGAAGCGUGCACACGGCGAACGGGUCCGCGACGACACCUCCCUACUCAAGAAAGCCCUGAAGCGCAAAGAAACCGCCAAGAAGCGAUCCGAGCGGGAAUGGAAGGACCGUGUAGACACCGUCAAGAAGGGCAAGGAAAUGCGCCAGCAGAAACGCGAGGAUAACCUUCGCAAGCGCCGAGAAGAAAAGGGCAGCGGCGGCGGCGGUGGUGGCAAGAAGUCAAGCGGCGGCGCCGGCAACAAGGGCAAAGGCAAGGGUAAGCCACGUCCAGGGUUCGAGGGAAGCUUCAAGGCAAAGGUUGGAGGAAGUGGAGGAGGCGGCGGCGGCGGCGGCGGCGGAAAGAAGAAAUAAAUCAGCAAACCAGUGUGACUCGCGUGUGAGUUGAUACUCUCUUUACAAGAAAAAAAAAAAAAGGAACGAAGAAGAGGAUGUCAAAACCAUGUACUUAAUAACGAAUGUGUGUGUGUAUACGCCUCAUCUCCAUCCUUCAAGGAAACCUUCAAGGAAAAGAGGGAGGAGGAAGGGGA